ACUUCCUGAACUCUCCCCUGACAGCCACUCCCUCUAGUAUAAGGCCACCUACAACCCGCCACCGUUCCACACUCCCUCACUUCUCCAAGCACAAGCUGUCAGCUCAGACCCUCAAGAUGGCCUUUGUCCCAGCGCCGGGCUACCAGCCCACCUACAACCCGACUCUGCCCUACAAGAGGCCCAUCCCAGGUGGCCUCAGUGUCGGAAUGUCCAUUUACAUCCAAGGAGUAGCCAAAGAGAACAUGAGACGGUUCCGUGUGGACUUCACCGUGGGGCAGGGUGAGGAGACGGACAUCGCUUUCCACUUCAAUCCCCGCUUUGACGGCUGGGACAAGGUGGUCUUCAACACGAAGCAGAGCGGACAGUGGGGCAAGGAGGAGCGGAAGAAUAGCAUGCCUUUCCACAAGGGCAAGCACUUCGAGCUGGUGUUCAUGGUCAUGGCGGAGCACUACAAGGUCAUGGUAAACGGAGAGCCCUUCUAUGAAUACGGGCACCGGCUGCCGAUACAGAUGGUCAACCACCUGCACGUGGAUGGAGACUUGGAACUUCAGUCAAUCAAUUUCCUUGGAGGCCAGUCUGCCCCAGCCCCGUAUCCGGGAUCUAUGGGAUUUCAGACUUACCCUGGUCCUGGAUACCCCCCUCCCCAGAUGAACAGCCUGCCUGUCAUGACGGGACCCCCGACCUUCAAUCCGCCUGUGCCAUAUGUGGGGAUCCUACAAGGGGGGCUUAUAGCCCGGAGAACCAUCAUAGUCAAGGGAUAUAUACUUCCCACAGGCAAGAACUUUAUCAUCAACUUCAAGGUGGGGUCAUCGGGUGACAUAGCGCUCCACAUCAACCCCCGAAUUGGUGAGGGUGUGGUUCGCAACAGCUUUGUGAAUGGCUCCUGGGGCUCCGAGGAGAGGAAGACUACCCACAACCCGUUCGGGCCUGGGCAGUUCUUCGAUCUGUCAAUCCGCUGCGGCACGGAUCGGUUCAAGGUGUUUGCCAAUGGCCAGCACCUAUUCGACUUCUCGCAUCGGUUCCAAGCGUUCCAAAGGAUAGACAUGCUGGAGAUCAAAGGUGACGUCACCUUGUCCUAUGUUCAGAUCUGAGCGCCCCCUGGGGAAGAGGAAAGACCCCCUAGUUCCACCCACGGCCCUAAUAAACCGUCCAAGGGA